AUGGAUUCCAACAGUAUCUGUAAGAAGACCAGACGUCUGGCUGGCAUACAGAAGACAAUCUGCAAACGAGAACCGGAGAUUGUAGCCGAAGUGGCUAAAGGUGCUAAAAUAGCUCUUAUGGAAUGCAAGUACCAGUUUCGCAGCCGUCGAUGGAACUGUACAACGGCCAAGAGAUCUAUUUCCAGGAUACUUCGAAACA